AUGGACCGGCCUCUUCUCCAGGAAUCUACUCUACCCGAAUCCGGGGACCCCAGAUUCAGUGACGAUGAAGAAGAGGAGUAUUUAACUCGGGGGUUGUCCCCUCGGCGGACCGAUGCAGGGUAUUCCCUAGUCUCUCGCGCCAUGCUUUCGCUCAAGCAGACGAGGCCGAUCCGGCCACCCUCCGGCACUGAUCCUCUUCAACCGCGGCCAGGAAAUACCACCUAUCUCUACGCGCUCACGGCCUUUGUGUCGCUUGGUGCGUUCCUGUUCGGUUACGACCAGGGAGUUAUGGGUGUGAUAGUUGCCGAUCAACGCUGGAUUGAUUUGAUGCAACCGAAGAACUCAUGGGUGACGGGCAUGGUAGUGUCUUUAUACGACAUCGGCUGCUUUAUCGGAGCUAUGUCACUUGGAUAUUUGGCCGAUCCCAUAGGCCGCGAGCGAACAUUGGCCGUUUCCUGUGUUGUUUUCAUCAUCGGUGCAGUGCUCCAGGCUGCGUCCUACUCCAUCGCGCAGAUUACUAUCGGUCGUGUGAUUCUAGGAUAUGGAGUGGGAGCCUGUGCCGGUGGCGUUCCAUUGUAUGUCGCUGAGCUGUCACCGCCAGCGAUCCGAGGCCGCAUUGUGGCCAUCGAACAGAUGAUUCUAUGUCUGGGAGAACUGGUUGCGUUCUGGCUCAAUUAUGGCUUCAACUUUCUCGAGAUUGAUGAUUGGUGGCGCAUUCCAUUGGCUAUCCAGAUCCUUCCUGCUCUGAUUCUUGCCUUUGACCGCCCCGACUGCGCGCGGGAAGUUCUGACCCGGCUUCAUGGCUCGGAAGCUGCGGAGCUGGAGAUGCAGGAGAUUCAAAGCUCCAUCGAGUUUGAACAGACGGUCAGUGAGGCCACCUGGAAGGAUAUGUUCACCAGGCCCGUUCUGCGAGUGACGGUACUAGGAAUGGGGGUGCAGUUUUUGCAGCAAAUCACAGGCACCAACUCUAUCCUCUAUUACACGCCCUCCCUCUUCGAACGCGGCGGUAUCAAGGACCCUCGCACUGCGAACCUCGCCACUGGUGGUGUAGGGAUCGUGCUUUUCGUGACCUCAUGGAUUCCAAUAUUUUACUUUGACCGACUAGGGCGAAAGACAUGGCUGCAAAUCGGAACCGUGGGUAUGAUGGCCGCGAUGAUUGGAAUCACCGUCCUACAGUGGCACGCCGAACAUCACCCCAAUGACCCGGCCAACUACACGAUCGUCGCAUUCCCGUAUAUGUUUUAUGUCUUCUUCAACAUCAGCUGGGGCGUGGGCUCGUGGACCUACGCCGCAGAGAUCUUCCCUGUAUCGAUGCGUGCCAAGGGCAAUGCCCUGACCACUGCAUCGCUGUGGGCCGCGUGCUAUAUCGUAGCCCAAGCGAGUCCGCCGAUUGCCGAUGCCAUUGGCUGGGGACUGUAUAUCAUCUACUCAGGGAUUUGCCUGGGGGCUUUCUUCUUUGUCCGAUAUGUAUUAGGUGUGUUGGCAUUCUUUUCAUUUUCCUCAACGCAGAAGCUGACCGCUUAUUUAGUCGAAACCCGCGGUCGCACCUUGGAGGAGAUGUCCCGACUAUUUGGUAUUGAAAGCCGGUUGGCGGAACGGACUGGCCUUCGGCCUGGCCCUGCUGGCAAAGGACCGAUGAUGGCGGAGAAUAUGGAAGAUGUGGACUCGGCGGACCCUAUGAAUUAG